AUGGAGCCCAGCGUCAGGAAACCUCUCCUGGACCAGGAGCCGGCUGAUUACCAGACCGUCAGAGAGCAGCAGAUGGCCCGGGAAACGGAAAAGGCAUACUACGGAACUCUUAAAAACGGGCGUCUCCUUUGCGCAGUAUUGGCUGCCGUGCUGGGCAACUUUAAUUUUGGGUUUGCCUUAGUUUAUCCCUCCCCGGUCAUCCCGGCUUUGGAAAAAACAUCCAUCCCCAGCCUGAAACUGACGGAGCAAUCAGGAUCCUGGUUUGGGUCCGUGUUCUCCAUUGGCGUCGCCAUUGGCGGCCUGGGCACCAUGUACUUCAACGACCGCCUUGGCCGCAAACGGAGUAUCAUGUUCUCAGCCCUCCCUUCUGCCAUUGGGUACCUCUUAAUGGCCAGCGCCCAAGAAGUUUGGAUGCUACUGGUGGGCAGGAUCUUGACAGGAUUCGCAGGGGGCGUGACUUCGGCCUCCAUCCCGGUGUACGUCUCCGAGAUCUCUCACCCGCUCAUCAGGGGCGCGUUGGGCUCCUGCCCUCAGAUCAUGGCCGUCCUCGGCUCGCUCUCUCUCUACGCUCUCGGCCUCAUCCUCCCCUGGCGGUGGCUAGCGGUGGCCGGGGAAGUGCCCGUCCUUGCCAUGGUCAUCAUUCUCUGCUUCAUGCCCUAUUCCCCCCGUUUCCUGAUUUCCAAGGGGAAGGAGGACGACGCCAUCAGUGCCCUGAUCUGGCUGAGGGGAAAGGAUGUGGAUUAUUGGUGGGAAUAUGAGCAGAUCAAGGCCACCGUGAACCAACAGGGCCAGUCCAUUUCUUGGGCGGAUAUCAAGGACCCUUACAUCUACAAGCCAGUUCUGAUCGCUGUGAUGAUGAGGCUCCUGCAGCAACUCUCUGGGGUCACCCCCGUCAUUGUCUAUUUGCAGUUGAUAUUUGAAAGCACGGCCGUCAUAUUGCCAGCUCAGUACGAUGCCGUUCUCGUGGGGGUGGCCCGCCUAGCGUCAGUCGCUAUUGCUGCAUUCUCAAUGGAUAAAGCCGGGAGGAAGAUCCUUCUUUAUGUUUCAGCUAGCAUCAUGCUCGCCUCUUCCCUCACCAUGGGCCUGUACAUCACCUUCACAAGAGAGCAAUUCCACAAUUCUACAGCACUCUUGGGCAAUGGCGACCAUGUCAGUCUGGCCUCCACCCCAAGUGGCCUCAAGAUCAUCCCCCUUCUCGCCAUUGUGAUCUACAUCAUAGGUUAUGCUGUGGGCUGGGGUCCCAUCACCUGGCUGCUGAUGUCGGAGGUCCUCCCGCUGAAGACGCGAGGGGUCGUCUCCGGGCUGUGCGUGCUCGCGAGCUGGGUCACUGCUUUUGCCACCACAAAGGCUUUUCCGAUAGUUAAGGUGGCGUUUGGCCUGGAGGUGCCCUUCUAUUUCUUCAGCGUCAUCUGCGUCGUGAACCUGAUCUUCACGCGGUGGAUCCCCGAAACCAGAGGGAAGUCCUUAGAACGCAUCGAGUCGUAUUUCCGCACCGGACGGAAAUCCUUCUUGGAAUCAUUCCGGCGUCAUGAAUGAACUUUUCCUGCUACGUCACCUCAGGGUGAACGCAGCAGGAAGCCAGUCCAAUGACUUUAUUUACAAGUGACAUUAUCACUACCAUUAUCACCAGCCUUGAAUCCUAACCCUAACCCUACCUUGCAAGGCUGUUGUAGGGCACAUUGUAUUCUACAGAAAUAUGUGCUGCUUGUGGUAGCAAGCAUGACUUGUCCCCUUAGCUAAGCAGGCUCCACCCUGGUUGCAUUUGAAUGGGGGACCAUAUGUGAGCGCUAUAAGAUAUUCCUUUUAGGGGGAUGGAGCCACUCUGGGAAGAGCAGAAGGUUCCCAGUUCCCUCCCUGGCAGCAUCUCCAAUGAGAUAGGGCUGGGAGAGAGACUCCUGCCUGCAACCUUGGAGAAGCCGCUGCCAGUCUGGGUAGACAAUACUGAGCUAGAUGGACCAAGGGUCUGACUCAGCAUAUGGCAGCUGCCUAUGUUCCAGAGAGUUGCCCAUAGGGUGGGAUAGGGUGCCCAUGAAAUUAGCAUUGGAUGGUUUGACACCCACCUUCUCCGUUCUCCUCUCCAGGGUGGUGUGUGAAUGGCAACACAGGCACAGGGCAAUAGGACCUGGCUUGUGAGCCCAGGAAGGGAGACGUUUAGGUGUUAGCAUCCACGGGACAAGCCAGAAGCCUGUAGGCAGUUUCAGAUGCCAUCAGAGUUGCCAACUGACCUGAACAAGAGAGCCUGAAAGUGUUCCACAAGCCAAACCACAGCAGCGUGGCCCAAAGGUGUUCUCGGCUCCUGUCUGCGGAGCACGCUGCUGUUGGGGAGACCUAGCCACAGUCUCCAAGUUGACCCAUCCAAAUUGGACCUAACACUGGCUCGCUAGCUGCUGGACUACAACUCCCAUCAUCCCCUGCAGCCACAAUGGCCAAAGGCUGGGGGGUGGCCAGUGGACCCAAGGUUUGGAGCCCUGGAGCAGAAGCCUAGUCCAAAAGACACGUCUAAGCUGGUCUUGCCCACCGUGCAGGUGGAGACAUUUCUGCACAUUGCCCACACAUCCCUCCCACCACAAGUGCCCCCUUCCAGUUGCCGGAGGGACAUUUCUCCAAACUAACCCCUCACACCCAAUCUAAACACUAUUGCUUGGUGGGUGAGACCAACUUGGACCCAUGUCCCAAACACACCCAGAAAUGAUUUUAAAAAUUGUAUAUACCUCUCUCCACCCCAAACGGUUGCAUGAAAACACGUCCUUUUCUGGUUGCACAUACAGUCUUGAGCCAAAGAAAAGAAACAGAGCCCAUAGGCAUAUACGUGCAUCACUCUGUCUCUGUGUGUGUGUGUG